AUGUUGCUACCGUCGGCGUUUUCGUGCGACUCGUCGCAGCCGCCGCUCACGCGCCUCCAGUCGGCCCUCUUCGCAUCGCCGCCUGCGAGCCCGCCCCAGCUGUCGACGCAGACGGCCGUCGGCAACAUCUUCACGACAUGCCGGUCGCUGCAGGCGCUCCUCGCGGCUCCCGCGCCGCCGCCAGUCAAUGUCGCGCCCAUCACGCCGCCAGCGUCGUCGCACGCGCACGCAUACGGGCAGCAGCUACCAACGCCGCCCAUGGCGCACGCACCGUCUCCGCUCAAGCUACGACUGCGCUCGCGCAAGACCGAAGGACAACAGCCCGGCGGCGCCGACCACGGGCCUGCCAGGAAGCGCAUCGUGAAGCGGUCGGCCCCUCCACGCGGCGUCAACAAGCGCCGGCGUGCGCUGGAUGACGACAUGGGACGGGACGAUGAGGACGGUCUCGAGAGUGAGCCGGAACACGAGUAUGGCCAGAACAAGGAGAAUGUCGACGACGACUCGGAGAUUUUGCCGUCGAGGCCGCAGACACCCAAGCGGUCCCGCAUCGCCCCCGAGAUCAUACCCCUGGGCCUGGAGAGAUCAGACUACCACGUGCUGCACCACGCCGACGGCGCGCUCAGAGACGAUAGCCGCAGUGGCAACGGUAACGGCAUGACGGAAGGGGCAGACGGAGUCCUCGAGGCGGACGGCGAGCUGUGGAGCACCGAGGAGGACCGCAUCCUCGUCGAGCUGGUGCUCGAGAAGCUCAAGCUCACAAAGUCGGACUGGCAAGACUGCGCGCGCAGCCUGGGCAAGGACCGCGGCAGCGUGGGGCGACGGUGGAAGAGCCUGAUGGUCAACGGCGACGUAGGGCUCAAGAGGAGUAGUCGGCGCAAGAUCUACGGCACGUGGAGGUGA